ACGCGGCCUGCACAGUGACUGCCAGCUCCCCGGAUCACCAUAUACCCCGAUCACUGACAACGGUACGGCCAGAGAGCUGCUGUGACCGCAUAAUACUGCCAGGAGAGCUGGGCUUCUGUAAGAUGUCGCAUCCACAGGCAGAGAGUGUGAUAAAGAAUAUCAUUAGGGAAAUUGCGCAGGAAUGUGCAGCAAAGGGACACACCGUGUCUGAAACAAUGGUGGCUUUUGUGGUUAAAGCUAUUGUUUUGGACCAAAGAAAUGGUUUUAACGUGGACAGAACACUCACAAAAAAUGAUGUGCAGAAGCUGAUAAAGCUUUGUGUGGACAGACUGCUUGAUCCCGCGAGUCCCUCACUGGAAACAAUAAAGAUGCAAAUUUAUUUUGAUAUGAACUAUACAAAUAGAGGAGAGUUUUUGGAAGAGCAUCAUCGUGUCUUGGAAUCGAGACUUGCCCCUGUGUGCAGAGAAAUCACUGAUAGCCGGGCUCGCACAGCUGAGGAACUCGAGAGUCUUUAUCGCAAGAUUGUCAGCUACGUGUUGCUUCGUUCUGGACUCGGGUCUCCAACGGAUAUCAAAGUUGUCAGAGAAGCCACAGCUGCCUUGCAGAGUGUGUUUCCUCACACUGAGCUUGGGACAUUUCUAUCUCUAGUAAAGCGAGACAAGGAGCGUCAACUCAAAGAACUCACCAUGAUUGUCACAGGCAUCCGAUUGUUCAACAAAGACUGUGGCAAAGGUGGAGAAGGCAUUGAUGACUUACCAACUAUUUUGAAAGAGGCUAUUCCAGCUACCACUAAGCACAUUGAAUCUGAGCUUGAGGCAUCUAAGGAGAAGAUAUUCCAGUACACAGCGAUUAUAGAAGAUAUAAGUGGUAACCAAAUGAAAAACAAGCUUCUAAAUCUGAACCAAUUGAAAGAAGCUCUGUUUAAUGUACGGCAACAUGAGGCUUUCUUAAAUAUUAUUCUGUCAGAUGUUGUCUCGAGUGCACAGCUUGUGGAAACGAUGGACAAACAAUACGGAGCACAAAUGGAACAAUUAAGAACCACUGUUCACUCAAAGACUGCAAUUCCCACAGUGCAGGUUUAUCCACUCUUUAUCAUGCUGUCUAAUCUGUGGAACAGUUUUCAGGAUGAGAUUGUACUGUUAAGUGUCCUAAGUAACAUGACUGCAAACCUGCAGCCAUUCCUGAAGAUCCACGAGGAGCUGUUUCCUGCUAGCAUUAUUGAACCACUGCUCAGUGAAGUUACUAUCAAAACUGAUGAGGAAAGGAUUAAGGAAAGCACAGGAUCCCGUGUAAAUACCAGUGAUUUUUUAACACUCGACUGGUAUUUCCCAGAACAGACAGCAAAUUUUGAUCGACUUCCUAUUCAGUAUCAUGGAUUCUGUGGCUUUACUGUUGCUUCAAAGGAAGGCCUCCUGUUACCUGGAAACCCAGACAUUGGUGUUUUAAAGCAUCGGGAAAGAUACUAUAUUUUCUCCUCCAAGGAAGCUGCCUACACAUUUGCCCAGGACCCGGAUCACUAUAUCCAUCUAAUUGGGGAGAAAGCAAAGCAAUGUGCCGAACUCAUUCAAUUAUUGGAGCUGCAUCAGCAAUUUGCAUCUAUUGCUCCUUAUUCCCAGGCCCCAGCUCCGGAACAUCUUUUAAUAAAGCCAGUCACUAAAUGCAAUAGUAGCACACAGACUGAUACCCACUUACUGGAAACUAACAUUGUCAAGUCUUAUGAGUGGAAUGAAUGGGAGCUGCGGAGAAAAGCAAUCAAGCUGGCUAACCUGCGCCAAAAAGUGACUCACUCAAUGCAGACACAUUGCAGCCAUAUGAGAAGAGAGAACUUCACGCAGGUGUACUUACCAAAACAAGUUGAGACUCAAACCAAACGUGACAACUCAAGCAAUGUGCCCAAGCCACAGAUCUUUUUGGCAGGAAUCCGUGGUGGAGAGACAUCAAAACCUAAUAAAAUUGUCAAAGUUAACUUGACAAGGGCGGUUGAUGAAUCCUAAGAGCCACUUUUAUUAAUAUUAAG